ACCCACAGAACCGCUGGCCCUAAAUCCCCUUCUUCUCUCUCUCUCUCCCAGUUUUUCCUCUCUUCCUUUUUUCUUUUCUUUUUGAAAAGGAAAAACUCUGAUCGCGAACCCUAGAAACUACCGGAGCAGAACAACAAGCUACCAGUUCGCCGAUCCGGAAUGACGCAAUAGUCCCUCCCCCGCACUCUCUCUCCUACCUCGCCGGAGCUCGUUAACCAGUGAUCGGAUUGGUGACUCUUGACUUUGAUUAGAUUGUCAUUAUGGUUGCUUCUGCUGCUACUUCGUCGUUCUUUCCGGUUCCUUCUCCUGACUCUGGUGCCAAGAAUUCCAAGAAUGGAAAUGGGAAUUCCAAGUUAGGAAUCAAAUCAAAAUCUGCUGCGGCUGGUUUGCAGGUAAAGGCCAACGCUCAAGCCCCUCCAAAAAUAAAUGGCACUAGUGUUGGUUUGGCCACUGUUGAAAGUGGAAAGCAUGGGGAUGACAUGCACGGACUUACUCAAUCCCCUCCUGCACGGACUUUCAUUAACCAAUUACCUGAUUGGAGUAUGCUCCUUGCUGCUAUAACUACAAUCUUCUUGGCAGCUGAAAAACAAUGGAUGAUGCUUGAUUGGAAACCCAAGCGGCCUGAUAUGCUAAUUGACCCAUUUGGUCUGGGAAGAAUUGUUCAGGAUGGUCUUGUAUUCCGCCAGAACUUCUCCAUUAGAUCGUAUGAAAUAGGUGCUGAUAGAACGGCUUCAAUCGAGACGUUAAUGAAUCAUUUACAGGAAACAGCGCUUAAUCAUGUUAAAACUGCUGGCCUCUUAGGGGACGGCUUUGGUUCAACUCCAGAGAUGUCCAUAAGAAACCUUAUAUGGGUGGUAACCAAAAUGCAGGUUAAGGUAGACCGCUAUCCUACUUGGGGUGAUGUUGUUCAAGUUGACACUUGGGUUAGUGCCUCUGGGAAGAAUGGUAUGCGGCGUGAUUGGAUUAUCCAGGAUUGCAAAACAGGACAAAUAUUAACAAGAGCCUCCAGUGUGUGGGUGAUGAUGAAUAAACUGACUAGGAGGUUAUCCAAGAUACCCAAUGAGGUUCGAAGUGAAAUAGAGCCUUACUUUGUGAAUAAUCCUCCUGUUGUGGAGGAGGAUGGCAGGAAACUGCAGAAACUUGACGACAAUACAGCGGACUUUGUCCGUACUGGUUUAACUCCUCGGUGGAGUGAUCUGGACAUCAACCAGCAUGUUAACAAUGUCAAGUACAUUGGCUGGAUCCUUGAGAGUGCUCCCUUGCCAAUCUUGGAGAGCCAUGAGCUUUCUUCAAUGACUCUGGAGUAUAGGAGGGAGUGUGGUAGGGACAGUGUGCUUCAGUCCCUGUCUGCAGUUUCUGCUGAUAUCGGGCAUUUGGCAAGCACUGGCAACGUAGAGUGCCAGCACUUGCUUCGACUCGAGGGUGGGUCUGAGAUUGUGAGGGGAAGGACUGGUUGGAGGCCCAAAAAACCCAACAAUCUCGGGAUUAUGGGUGGGUUUCCAGCUGAAAGCGCAUAGCCAUGAAAGUAAAGCUGGAAUGAAUGUAUGACACAGUAGUCUCUUCGUCCCGCUCGCUGUUUGCCUUGCCGAUUGCUUGUGUAGAGUUCUGCUCAUGUUUCUUGGAUUCAUAUAUGUUUUUUCUUUUUCUAUAUAUAUAUUCUUCCGAUCUGUCAUUUAUAUAUGCAGAAAAAGGAUCAAAUGUAGCCCCAUUGUAAUUAUCCCUUGUGCACUUCUUCGCUCUCUAUCUCCCUCCCUGUUCGACAUAGUCUCGGUUAUGCUUUGCAGCUUGGCCAAGUUGGUUUGCGCCUCCCAGAAAUCCAAAAUGUAUUGAUUAUGUGCCACUUGGAACCCUUAGCAGUAUGGGAGACUACUCCAGGUUAAUGUCCUUGAUUAACUGGGCAAGACAUGUAUAUGUUUGGAUUUUUUCUAGUUAGAUAUGGAAAAAUUAUUUCAUUGUUUCAC